AUGUACGCUGUUUCUGUUUCUGUUGCAGGUCGUCUCAAGAACUUGUCUGAACGAGCUGUGCGAAAAGUCAAAACGUUUGUGAGUCGACCAAUCAAGGAAAGCGCUUUGCAGCGCUUCAUCACUAAACUUGAAGCAAGAAAGGAAGCUGAAGAGUCUGGAAGGAUUUCGGUGCGACUAAGGAUUCUUUCUCUAAUCCGAUCCGAGAAAAAAAAUGAUGAGUAUCCUUUUCUAUUUUCAGGGACAGAUAUGUACGCUGUUUCUGUUGCAGGUCGUCUCAAGAACUUGUCUGAACGAGCUGUGCGAAAAGUCAAAACGUUUGUGAGUCGACCAAUCAAGGAAAGCGCUUUGCAGCGCUUCAUCACUAAACUUGAAGCAAGAAAGGAAGCUGAAGAGUCUGGAAGGAUUUCGGGACGUGAGCUGAAGCAAGGUGAUUUGCCCUUCCCGAAACCAAUACAGCGGACGAAAAGCAGAGAAUUCAAAGAAAAGUCCAACGAACGAAGAGAACCCGAUACUGUCGAUUUGAAGAGUGUUGCUCAAAUGCCCAUCUUGUGCUCUGGAGGCGAUCUGCCAAGUGGAUGUAAACCAGUAACUGGUAAUAAGGACAACAAUGGGAGGCUUUUUAUUGAUGACUGCCAGCCUUUCUGGACGGAACAACGAAAACCGACGGAGGCCGAUUUGGCCGACAGCGACACUGAAGAUGUCCUUCAAAUGAACGCUGAAGUGGCGCUGGAUGUGUGCGAUGGGAACAUCAAGCUGGUAAACAUGCCGACGAUACCGUAA